UGCCAUCGUCGUUCGUGCCACCCUUUCCUCUUUACGCUGGCGGCUACCAUGGCGGCAUCUGCGCCCGUAUCUCGCGCCAUUCGUUCCGCUAGACUCUCCUUUCCCCGGGGCGAUGUUUCCGCCGAAGCCCAACACACCGCGCGGGUUCCCAUUUGGCGCAGCAAGCGCCCGUUCCUUCAAACCAACAUCCGUCUUGCCGCCAACUCCGGCGCGCGCACACGUAGUGGUGCACGGGGUCCGCGCGCAAUCUUCGCGGGUUACGCGGAGUCAACGCGCGCAGCGGGGCCAAACGCGGGGGUUGCUGCGCGCACGGAGUGGGAGCUGAACGUUCGGCGGCGAGCGCCGCUGGCGGAACGAUACGGCGUGCGCGUGGAGAGAGACGUAUCCGGCGAUAGAAUCGAGGAACUGGGAGCAGAGAGGUGGAGCCGGUGGUGGACGCCUGGGCCGUGUGCUUACCGGUGGGACUGGCGGGUGGAGGAACAGGUGCUGGUGACACGUGGCACUCUUAGAGUCACCCCUGAUGAAUGUGAGGAGAGCUUGGAGUUUGCAGCCGGUGACUUGGUGUGCUUCCCGCGGUGGUUCUUCGCCGAGCUUGAGUUCAGUGCGGAUUAUGAGCAGCGGUACAGAUUCAUCACAUAUGGGGAGGACUACUGAUCACAUAAGUGCUUAUGGAAAGUAUGAGCCAUGGAAAGGACGUGGUAGAGCAGUUCUCCAAGCCAUAUAAGCGAUAAAUAAGGAAAUCCUUCCAGAACAUGGGGAAUCUAGUGGGAGCAUGAAGAACGUAGGAGGAAUCCGUAAGAGGGAAAAGUGGAAGAUGCAAGGACAUACAAAUCUCAAUAAGCCCAUAUCACCGUUUUUUACAUUAACAUGUUGCUUGCUC